GCCUCGGUGAGGGGCAGCAAGGCAGACAGCAGGCGCGGCAGGAGCGGGAGAGGCGAUCUAUUUCCCCCUCUGCCUACCUACAGCACUCUGGCCAUGCACCAGCGGAGGGAAGCAUGCCAGUCAUUUUAGAAGGAUGCAAAAUGCCAGCAACCUAGCAGCUUGGGAUGAUUUUGCUCAGUGUACGACAAGCUGGGUCCUACGGGUCAGAAGCUGGAAGAAAGUGGCUGGAGUCCUUAGUGUGUCUGGGAAUCUGUGAAUUGUGACUCACAUCGCUCCUCGGAUAUAUAAACAGAGAGCGAGCGAGCGAGCGAGAGCAAAGCCUUUGGUAUAUAACAGAACCGAUCGAGUGCGAUUUAAUUUUAAAAUGCUGGUUCUCCUUUCUUGAUGUGGAGCACAACAAAAUGGUUCUCCAGUAAGAAGAAGAAGAAAAGGCUUCUCUAAGAAACCGUGCGUCUUGCAACUGAAGUCACCAGAAGUCCAGCUGCUUCGGUAUUUAAUGGGCUCUUCCAAAGGUGUUAAGGGACUUGUGAGAAAUCUGCAGCAGGUCGAGAAAAUCCGGUGAAAGACCAUGCUAAACUGCAUUAGCGCUGUGCAAGGGUGGACCUAAAAGUUAUGAAGUGGUACCUGUCGUAACAGCAAGCAAAUAUUGUUCUCAUUUCUUGAAUCAAGACUCGAACUAGUCAGAUCUCCAAGCAAUGGCAACAGAAGUGGUGUGUGGAUUGAUCUUCAGAUUGCUACUUCCAAUAUGUCUAGUAGCUGCAUGUGCGUUCCGUUACAAUGGGCUCUCUUUUGUGUACCUCGUCUACCUCUUGCUCAUUCCUCUGUUUUCAGAACCUACAAAAACAACAAUGCAAGGACAUACAGGAAGGUUAUUAAAAUCCUUGUGUUUCAUCAGUCUAUCAUUCCUGCUGCUGCACAUCAUCUUCCAAAUCACAAUAAACAGCCUUGAAGCUGGAAACAAUAUUGAACCCGGUUUUAACUGUUCUACAUGGGAGAAAACGUUACGACAGAUCGGUUUUGAAAGUGUGAAGGGAGCCGAUGCUGGCAACGUGAUCAGAGUGUUUGUACCAGAUAUCGGGAUGUUCAUUGCUAGCUUGACCAUAUGGCUUGUCUGCAGAAACCUUGUGCUGAAGCCAGUGACAGAGGAUGCAGCACAGUACAACACACAAUUUGAAAAUGAAGAAAUGGCUGGAAGAGAAAAGUUAGAGCCAGAUGAUGCAUUGAUAUGUGAGGAUUUGGAUGGUGGAGAAAAUAGCGAAGAGGAAUUUGAAGAAACCACAAAAUUAAAACUACUGCGCAGAAUUGCCUCACUGGCUUCCAAACUGAAAGAGUUUAUUGGAAACAUUAUAACCACCGCUGGAAAAGUUGUUGUUACAAUUUUACUUGGUUCAACAGGUAUGAUGUUGCCAUCUUUGACAUCAGCUGUGUAUUUCUUUGUAUUUUUGGGGCUGUGCACCUGGUGGUCCUGUUGCCUAGCAUUUGAUCCGCUGAUAUUCAGCUGUCUGUGUGUAUUAAUGGCUAUAUACAGUGCGGGGCACUUGAUUGGACUUUAUCUGUACCAGUUACAAUUCUUUCAGGAAGUUGUUCCCCCAAAGGACUACUAUGCAAGGUUAUUUGGUGUCACUUCAGUAAUUAAAACCAACUGCUCAAGCACCUGGAAGAUCAUAGCAAACCAAGACCUCGUCUGGUAUCACCAUGCCAAUCCCAUAUUACUGCUGGUGAUGUACUACACCCUGGCAACUCUUAUUCGCCUUUGGCUACAAGAGCCCAUUGAAAUGGAUGAUGAAGAGAAAUCUGGUAUCAGCGAAGAAGACAAAGAAACAGACUGCAACCCAUCCUCAAGGAGACGAAGUUUGUGGUAUGCAAGCCACUACACAACUGAUGAGAGAAAACUUCUGUCAAUGACUCCAGAUGAAUACAAGCCAUCUGAUGUCCUGCUCGUAACAGUGAAUGGGACUCCUGUAGAUUAUCACACCAUACACCCCACACUUCACUUGGAGAAUGGCCCUGCCAAAGCUGAUAUGUACUCAACCCCACAGUACAAAUGGGAGCCAUCAGAUGACAUGUCAGAAAAGAAAGAAGAGGAAGAUGAGGAAGAAGAAGAGGAGGAAGAUAUUCAGGAGAAAAAAGAAAGUGUUAAAAUACAUGCCAUGGUCUCCGUCUUCCAUUUUAUCAUGAAACAAAGUUACAUUUGUGCUCUGAUUGCAAUGAUGGCUUGGAGUAUCACUUAUCACAGUUGGUUGACUUUUGUGUUAUUGAUCUGGUCCUGCACACUUUGGAUGAUUCGUGACCGAAGGAAAUAUGCUAUGAUCAGUUCACCUUUCAUGGUUGUUUAUGGAAAUUUGCUGUUAACAUUACAAUAUAUAUGGAGUAUUGACCUAAAUAAUGAUGAGCUUCCUAAAGUUUCAGGAUUUUUAGAAAAGAAGGAUCCUGGGGAAUUAGCAUCAAAGAUCCUUUUCACGAUUACUUUCUGGCUACUGCUUAGGCAACACCUCACAGAGCAGAAAGUGCUUCAGCUAAAAGAAACUUCUUUAGAUGAGGUCAAAGUUGAAGAUGAAGAAAAUGAAGAAAAAGAAGAGGAAUUGCAAGAAGGGGAAGUGACAGAGGAAGCAGAUGAAGAAGAUGAGGAUGAACAGGACAUUAUGAAAGUCCUGGGAAACUUGGUGAUGGCUAUGUUCAUUAAGUACUGGAUUUAUGUCUGCGGAGGAAUGUUCUUCUUUGUCAGCUUUGAGGGCAGAAUUGUCAUGUACAAAAUCAUCUAUAUGAUGCUCUUCCUCUUCUGUGUGGCCCUGUACCAGGUGCACUAUGAAUGGUGGAGGCGAAUCCUAAAAUAUUUUUGGAUGUCAGUGGUUGUUUACACUAUGCUGGUGCUUAUCUUCAUCUAUACAUAUCAAUUUGAAUCAUUUCCUGGCUUGUGGAUGAACAUGACAGGGCUAGAUGAAAAAAAACUAGAGGAUCUCGGUUUAAAACAGUUUUCUGUGGCUGAGCUGUUCACACGUAUCUUUAUUCCAACCUCUUUCUUAUUGGUGUGUAUAUUACACCUUCAUUACUUCCAUGACCAUUUCCUCCAGCUCACUGACUUAAAAGCUGUAACCAGCAAACAGGACAGCACUAUUUACAGCCAUGCUAAAGUUAAUGGUCGUGUUUAUCUAAUAAUAAAUAGCCUCAAGAAAAAAAUACCAAACCACCACAAUGAACUGGUGCACCAAGAUGGAAGUCUGCCUGACCUAACCAUGCUGAAUUUAACUGCUGGCAAUGCAAAGGAAGAGGAUAAAAAUCUGGAAGAGGAUGGUGAUGAAAGAAUGGAAGAGAGAGAUGGGGAGGGAGAGAAAGGUGGGGAUGAAAAAGAGAAGGAGGAGGAAGAUGAGGAAGAGGAUGAUGAAUCUGAUGUAGAAGAAACAUCCGAUUUAAAGAAUAAGUGGCACCUGGUGAUCGACCGCCUCACAGUGCUAUUCUUGAAAUUUCUGGAAUAUUUUCAUAAACUGCAAGUUUUUGUGUGGUGGCUUUUGGAGCUGCAUAUUAUCAAAAUUGUUUCUUCAUACAUCAUCUGGGUCACAGUGAAAGAGGUGUCUCUGUUUAACUUUGUGUUUUUGAUUGCCUGGGCUCUUGCUUUGCCAUAUGCUCAAUUCCGCCCAUUGGCAUCAAGUGUCUGCACUGUUUGGACAUGUGUGAUUAUCGUCUGCAAAAUGUUAUAUCAGCUCACAUCUAUUGACCCUAGCACCUUUUCCAGUAACUGUACAAUGCCUACAGAAAAUGAAACUGACAUAGGCAGUGAAGAACUGAAGACGUCGCUUCUCUACAGCGCACCCAUUGAUCCUACAGAGUGGGUUGGAUUAAGGAAGUCUUAUCCCCUGCUUGUAUACUUAAGGAAUAACUUACUGAUGCUGGCUAUUCUGGCCUUUGAAGUUACAAUUUACCGGCAUCAGGAGUACUACAGAUGUCGAAAUAAUCUUACUGCACCUGUGACUAAAACCAUUUUCCAUGACAUUACAAGAUUACAUUUGGAUGAUGGACUCAUAAACUGUGCCAAGUAUUUCAUAAACUACUUCUUCUACAAGUUUGGGUUGGAGACCUGUUUCCUACUGUCAGUUAAUGUAAUUGGUCAACGAAUGGAUUUCUUUGCCAUGAUUCAUGCCUUCUGGUUAAUUGCUGUAUUAUAUCGACGUAGAAGAAAAGCUAUUGCAGAGAUCUGGCCAAAGUACUGCUGUUUUCUGGCAUGCACCAUUAUAUUCCAGUAUUUCAUUUGUAUUGGCAUUCCACCUGCUCCUUGUAAAGACUAUCCAUGGAGAAGCCUUAAUGCCAACUUCAACUCCAACAUCAUAAAGUGGUUAUACUUUCCAGACUUCAUUGAAAGACCAAAUCCUAUUUUUCUUGUCUACGAUUUCAUGUUGCUGCUCUGUGCAUCCUUACAAAGACAAAUGUUUGAGGAUGAAAAUAAGGCUGCUGUGCGAAUCAUGGCUGGGGACAACGUGGAAAUUUGCAUGAACCUUGAUGCAGCGUCAUUUAGCCAGCACAACCCAGUUCCCGACUUCAUUCACUGCCGAUCCUACUUAGAUAUGUAUAAAGUGAUAAUAUUUAGUUACCUCUUCUGGUUUGUGCUUACUAUCAUCUUCAUCACGGGAACUACAAGGAUCAGCAUAUUUUGUAUGGGUUACUUGGUGGCCUGUUUCUAUUUCCUGCUCUUUGGUGGUGAUCUAUUAUUGAAACCUAUCCGAAGCAUUCUACGUUAUUGGGACUGGCUGAUUGCAUACAAUGUCUUUGUGAUUACAAUGAAAAACAUACUGUCGAUAGGAGCAUGUGGCUACAUUGAGUCAUUAAUUCGAAACAGUUGCUGGUUGAUUCAAGCAUUUAGCUUGGCUUGUACAGUUAAAGGAUACCAUCAACCUAAAGAAACUGGAGACUGUAAAUUGCCUAGCGGUGAGGCAGGAAUUAUUUGGGACAGUAUAUGCUUUGCUUUCCUGCUGCUGCAAAGAAGAGUCUUCAUGAGCUACUACUUCCUACAUGUGGUUGCUGAUAUAAAAGCUUCACAGAUCCUGGCAUCAAGAGGUGCUGAACUUUUCCAGGCCACAAUUGUCAAGGCAGUAAAGGCAAGAAUCGAAGAAGAGAAAAAAUCAAUGGAUCAAUUGAAGAGACAGAUGGACCGCAUCAAAGCUAGGCAACAAAAAUACAAAAAGGGUAAAGAGAGAAUGCUGAGCAUGACCCAAGAAUCAACAGAAGGGCAAGAAAUUCAAAAGGCUUCUGAAGAAGAUGAUGAAGGAGAAGCAGACAAAGAGAAAACCAAGGGCAAAAAAAAGCUGUGGUGGCGGCCUUGGGUUGAUCAUGCUUCCAUGGUCAGAAGUGGAGAUUAUUAUUUAUUUGAGACGGAUAGCGAAGAAGAGGAGGAGGAUGAAAAAAAAGAUGAUGAAGAACCUCGGCGAAGAUCUGCAUUCCAGAGAGCUAUUGGGAAAUUUGCUUCAGCCAUUUUAGCCUUGCCAAAGUCUGUCAUUAAACUGCCCAAAACUAUUCUCCAGUAUUUAAUCAGAGCAGCAAAGUUUGUGUAUCAGGCCUGGAUUACUGAUCCUAAAACUGCACUUCGACAGAGGCGCAAAGAGAAGAAAAAGUUUGGGAAGGAAGACAAGCGAAGGCGAAAAGGAUCUGGGGAUGGUGCUACAGAUGUAGAACAUGAAGAGAGAGACGAUGAACCUGUCAAAAAGAAAUCAGAUGGGCCAGAUAAUAUCAUCAAAAGAAUAUUUAAUAUUUUGAAGUUCACCUGGGUCCUUUUCCUGGCAACGCUAGAUAGUUUUACAGCUUGGCUCAAUUCCAUUUCAAGAGAGCACAUUGAUAUCUCUACUGUACUGAGAAUUGAGAGAUGUAUGCUGACCAGGGAAAUUAAAAAGGGGAAUGUUCCAACUCGUGAGAGCAUCCAUAUGUAUUACCAGAACCAUAUGAUGAAGCUUUCCAAGGAAUCAGGACUGGACAUAAUUGAUGAAAAUCCUGGUCAAGAUUCUAGUUUACAGGCAUCUGAGAGGAUGGAUAGUUUAGAUUCAGCUGCUUCUCAUGACAGUAUUUCCAGUGAACCUACCCAGGUCACCAUGCUGUAUUCUCGUCAGGGCACAACAGAAACCAUUGAAGAAGUAGAAGGGGAGCAUGAAGAAGAAGGGGCAGGUUCUACAUCAAGACGAGAAGAUGAGGUGGACGAUUAUGGCUUGGAUUCAGAAGGAGCUGCGUACACUCCUGAUACUGACGUGCCAUCAUACUCUGCUGCGGAUGGCAAUGCCGAAAUUCCACCUUCAUACAGCAAAGCUGUCAGCUUUGAUCAUCUUUCCUUCAGUUCCCAAGAUGACUCUGCUGGCAAGAACCUCAUGAUGGUGAGCCCAGAUGACAGUCAAAUUGACAAGCUAAAUGAUACUAUCCUCCCUCCAUUGACACACGAUCUGACUGCCAGUGAGCUGCUUCUAAACAAGAUGUUUCGUGAUGAAGAGCUGGAGGAAUCAGAGAAAUUUUACAGUGGUCAGCCUCGACUAUUGCUUCUCGUUUAUGCCCUGUAUAAUACACUGGUGGCCCGGUCAGAAAUGGUGUGUUAUUUUGUGAUUAUCCUUAAUCACAUGAUAUCUGCCUCCAUGAUUACCCUUGUGCUUCCCAUCCUUAUAUUCCUUUGGGCCAUGCUGUCUGUCCCCAGGCCGAGCAAACGCUUCUGGAUGACAGCCAUUGUCUACACUGAGGUGACCAUUGUUAUCAAGUACUUCUUCCAGUUUGGCUUCUUUCCCUGGAAUAAACAUGUGGAUUACACCAAAGAUAAACCUUACCAUCCGCCCAAUAUUAUUGGUAUUGAAAAGAAAGAGGGUUAUGUACACUAUGACCUUGUUCAGCUCCUUGCUUUGUUCUUCCAUCGAUCCAUUUUAAAGUGCCAUGGGUUAUGGGAUGAAGAUGAUGAAGGUGAAAGCUGCAGUAGUAAAGAGGAAUAUGGCGAUGAGCUCUCACUGACAGCAGGCAGGAGAGAUUCUGCUGACUCUUUAAAGUCAGUGAACCUUGCGGCUUCUGUGGAAUCCAUACAUGUCCACUUCCCAGAACAGCAGACUGCCGUCAGGAGGAAAAGUUCCAGCAGUGGGUCACAACUUUCACACAGAUCCAGUUUGUCCUCACACAGGUCAAAGAGAGGGAGCACCAGUACACGAAACAGCAGUCAGAAAGGAAGCAGUGUAUUAAGCAUCAAGCAAAAAUCUAGAAAAGAGCUUCUUAUGGAAAAGUUUCGAGAACAAAUGAUCAAAGCAAAGGCAUUUACGAUUAAAAAGACUCUUCAAAUAUAUGUGCCCAUCAGACAGUUUUUCUACAAUCUCAUUCACCCGGAAUACAGUGCUGUGACUGAUGUUUAUGUGCUGAUGUUCCUCGCAGAUACUGUGGACUUCAUCAUCAUUGUGUUUGGGUUUUGGGCUUUUGGGAAACAUUCUGCGGCAGCAGAUAUCACCUCUUCAUUAUCAGAGGACCAGGUACCAGAGGCAUUCUUGGUGAUGGUGCUCAUUCAGUUUGGGACCAUGGUGGUAGACCGAGCACUGUACCUCAGAAAGACUGUCAUGGGAAAAGUCAUCUUCCAGGUCAUUCUUGUUUUUGGGAUACACUUUUGGAUGUUCUUUAUCUUGCCUGGAGUAACUGAAAGGAAAUUUAGCCAAAACACAGUUGCCCAGCUCUGGUAUUUUGUGAAAUGUGUUUAUUUUGGGUUAUCAGCAUAUCAGAUCCGUUGUGGUUACCCAACCCGUGUUCUUGGCAACUUCCUCACCAAAAGUUACAACUAUGUAAACCUCUUCUUAUUUCAAGGAUUCCGUCUGGUUCCAUUUUUGACUGAGUUGAGAGCAGUAAUGGACUGGGUUUGGACUGAUACCACUCUGAGCCUUUCCAGCUGGAUCUGCGUUGAGGAUAUUUAUGCUCAUAUAUUUAUCUUGAAAUGUUGGCGAGAGUCUGAAAAGAGAUACCCACAGCCAAGAGGCCAGAAGAAAAAGAAAGUUGUGAAGUAUGGAAUGGGUGGCAUGAUUGUUGUCUUGCUGAUUUGUAUUGUCUGGUUCCCUCUGCUCUUCAUGUCUUUAGUCAAAUCUGUUGCAGGCGUCACCAACAGGCCUCUUGAUGUAUCAAUCACGAUAACCCUUGGAGGUUAUCAGCCUAUUUUUACAAUGAGUGCUCAGCAGAACCAGCUCAAGGAUUUGAAUCAAACUGAGUUCAAUUCAUUUCAAAGAGAAUAUUCGGGUAAUACUGGUGCUUUGCAGUUUCUUGAAGGCUAUGGAAAAGAAGAUAUAACUGUAGCAGAACUAGAAGGGAAUUCAAAUUCAUUGUGGACUAUCAGCCCUCCCAGUAGAAAGAAAAUGAUUCAAGGUCUCCGAGAUUUUUCUGCUGAGUUCACUCUAGUUCUUUCAUGGAGUAUUCAAAGAAACCUCUCUCUUGGUGCAAAAGCAGAAAUAGCAUCGGAUAAGCUUUCCUGUAACCUACUGAACAAAACUAGAGAAAAUAUCGCUACAAUGAUGUCUGGGGAUCACACGGUAAAGAAGGUGACGCUAGAACUGAUGUUUCCAUACUACAUCAAGGCACCUAGUGAUUCUCUGGCAAAACCCAUAAAGCAACUAUGGAAAGAGGGGAGGAUGGAAAACAUCACUGUUUCUCUUGUCAAAAAUGAGUCUAAAGAUGGGGUUCGUGAAUGGUGGGUUCUCAAUCAGCUUGGAAAAAGAUACAGACAGGAAGAAAGUCUUGAACUCUUUGUAUUCAGUGACAAAGUUAGCCCUCCUAGCCUUGGAUUCUUGGCAGGCUAUGGUAUCAUGGGACUGUAUGCCUCAGUUGUCCUGGUGAUAGGGAAGUUUGUCCGUGAGUUCUUCAGCGGGAUCUCUCACUCCAUCAUGUUUGAAGAACUACCAAACGUGGACCGUAUCUUGAAGUUGUGUACUGAUAUUUUCUUAGUAAGAGAGACUGGAGAACUGGAACUAGAGGAAGACCUGUACGCCAAAUUAAUAUUCCUGUACCGCUCACCAGAGACUAUGAUCAAAUGGACUAGGGAAAAAACUAAUUGAUCCCUUUGGAGUCACACUGCAAAUCAAGAGGACUUCAUCUGAAUUUUAAAAAAGCACAAUAUUCUCAUAAGAGCUAAGCCUUUUAUAGUUAGGUAGCAAUGAUUUUUCACAGAUUGAGUCUAGGAAGCUACUUCCUUAGGAGUCCAUGCUGCCUUCAAAUUAAGGAUUAAUGGUGAAGAAGAUUGGUUUGAUUUUUUUUUAGAAUGCCCACUCCUCUAAAAUCAGGGGACCUUGCUUUGUAAUUUAAUCAACCAAAUGUUCUGCAUCCUUGUCUAGGUAAGUUAAUCUUCCAGACAUUAAAUUUCUACCCUUAAAGAAAAAGGAAAGAAAGAAACGAUCCCUCAGAUGACUUCACUGGACCUUUUCUGGAGCGAUACAGUUUGUGCAAUAUGCUGUUGUACGUCACUGACUUUGAAGAUAUAGUAAUGGGAAUCUGACUAGCCUUCAGGACAACCAUGCCAAAAGGCUAUAGUGGGAGCUGAAGAAAUGCUAGCCAUAUCCAUUUUUAGAAAAGCAGGGGUUUUGAUGUACCGAAGACUCUGUGGACAACCCUCUGUAAGCAAAAAGAAAACAAGUGACAAUCUCUUUAAUUACCUUAUUUUAUUUGUACAGUCCCAGAAGACAUUUCCAGGAAACAUCAAUGACUUUUCUCAGGAAAAAAAACUUGGUUUUAGCCCUUAGUUAAACCUUAAAGAAUUAUGGUGAAAUAUUGGGGUGUUCUGCUGGGCCAUCUUCCCACAAUUACUGCUUUCCUUUAGACAGAGAAAAGCCAACUGAACGACUAAGGAGCGGUUUCACUUCUUAUAUCUCUUUGAAGACUGAAUAGUGUGUGCUACUCUGUGCUUCCCACUACAUGCUUCCCCUCCCUCCCCCAUUUUGAUGAUUUAAGGCAAUGGUUUUGUUAUCUGAUAUUCUCCUUUCAGUGUUUCAGGUAUACAAAAAUGUUUACAUAUUCCAAUUUACAUUUUUACAUCCGAGACGGGUUUUUUAAGUUCCCAAAUAUAGAAGUACAUAUGAGCUUGAAAAAUGGCCUUUUCUUAAAUUACUAUGGUUGGUGACACAAACGGUUCAUUAGAGAACAUUGUAGCAUGAAAAUUUACGAUUGCAAUAUAGGAUUAAUUCCAUGUUUAAAAAAAUGCAAUUUCUGAAAAACAAAAUAAUUGAGUGGGUAGGGUAUGUUAAAAAGGUUAUACUGUGUAGUUUUGAUUCAGUAAUGACUUAAAAUAAAGCACAUGAUGCAAAGUCA